GCCGAUUUGACUUACUGGUUCAUACCAAAACAAUAUUGUUAUUCGAUAAAACCAGUAAAGCAUUUUGUUUACAUUAAUGUUUUUUAUUUAUUAUUUAUAUAUUUAUUAAAAUAAUACGUCAUAACCCAUGUUACACGUGGAAGCCAGUUACAGAUCAGGAGUUAUGGAGAAUAUAUGAUGGAUUUUGCCAGCUAGCUGCAUUCUUGCCGACUGUGUCUACUCAGGAAGUUGUGUCGAGGCUACUCUAGUCAUACAUUCAAGCGACUUCACUCUUGUACAAAAGAACACCACCACAGAAAACCAUCAGAGGCAGUUCCCGAGGAUAUAUUUUCAAGAUGAUGGUCUCAAUGUCUUGUGAAGUUAACUUCAGCACUUUCAGUAACUGCUGAAAUUCAACUUUGAUACUCCGGCAAUGGAAAUGGCUGUUGAUGAAUAGAAUGGAUUAGUUGCUGAGUGGUGCUAACUCAAAGAAGGGGUAAAUAAGUGCACCUGUUUCCCCCCUCUCAGGCAUUAUGUGGAAUGGAGGGGGCGGGGCGACCACAUGGCCCCGCCUGUUCUGCUAUCAGUGUUGCAAUGCUGGUUCGUGCGAAAACCCGCCCUGGUGAGACGGUGUGCCUGGUGGGGGACUCCCCGGAGCUGGGAACAUGGGAUCCACACCGGGCCAUUAUAUUGAGGCAAGAAACUAAGAAGCUCAUACACACAGACAGUGAGGCAUGCUUCGAGGAGUGCUCUGAAGAUGGUGACAUCUGGUCAAAGACGCUUCAACUUGAGGGUUUCAAAACCCACUACUAUCGCUAUUUCAUCUGCCGACUCUUCCAGUCUGAUAGCGAAGAUGACGGAGGUCGGAGCGUUCUUGUGAAGUGGUGGGAGGGCCAUAUAAAGCCACGCAGGUUUUCACCAAAAGAGGCCAUGUCGGAAACUGAGGAAGGUGCGGAAAAAAUGUUAGACGUGUUUGGAAACUUUGAUGGUAUAAGGUCGAUCAACCGUGGCUGGCUGAUUGACCAAGUUGAGGUGCAGUUACAGUUACAUGGUGAACCACUCGCCUUCUGGAAGCCUAAAUACUCCGGUCAGACCUACAGCAUCAAAUGUACACCCAUAGAUCAUAGUUACAAGAAGACACUGGAUGACAAGUAUGAGAUGGAAAUGUUGGGGGACUCACUGCCAGAAUGUCACAAGACAGAACUGCUGGUCUCUGUUUUGGAGAAGGGAAGAUCCAAGCCCCGACCCCAAUCCAAGUUUGGUCCAGUGGUCCAGCAAAACUCUUUUGUAACCUUCCAUGCUCAGACAUCAGACCCAGAGUCCCUGGGUUUCCAGCUAGACCUAUAUGUAGAUGAGGAUAACAAAGAAAACGAGACAGCCAGGCAUGUUGGGUCAAGUUUUAUCUUGCCCCUCAGUAUGAAGAAAUCUCGGGGCUCAAAGAAUAUACCGAUUAAUGGGAACAAUAAUAGGCCCAUCGGACAGCUUACAUAUACGUACCUCCUCAUAAAGCCAAUGUAUGGACCAAAUACAAGGAUUAGUAUGGAGCGCACCUUUCAACGUUACUGGAAGUCCACACGUAAACCAGUCGAUGUUGGGCACAGGGGACUUGGGUCAUCAUAUAAGUGCAAAAAAUUAGCCAUUGUGCAGGAAAAUACAAUAAGAUCAUUCCAGACAGCAGCCAACCAUGGAGCAGACUUUGUGGAGUUUGAUGUCCACCUCACCAAGGAUGAAAUACCAAUUAUCUACCACGAUUUCAAGGUGCUGAUUACCUACCGAAAGAAAAAGCGUGAAGACCUGGAACUGUUUGAGAUUCCGGUAAAGGACAUCACGUUUGCUGAACUCCAACAAAUGAAGUUGUCACACCCUGCCUCCACACCAGAGUAUAAAUAUGAGGGAAUACAGGACGAUGAUGUUGAACCAGAGGACACCCAACCAUUCCCGUCUCUUGAACAAGUCUUCCGCUCAGUUGAUAUACAUACGGGCUUCAACAUCGAGAUCAAGUACCCGCAAGCUAAAGUGGAUGGCUCUGGGAAGAUCAAGGACUAUUUUGACUUGAAUCGUUUCGUGGACAUCAUUUUGUCCGACGUCUUCAAAAACCAUGGUGGACGAAGGAUUGUGUUUUCCAGCUUUGAGCCAGAUAUCUGUUCCAUGUUACGACUGAAGCAGAACGUGUUUCCGGUGUUGUUUCUUUCCCAGGCCGAUACUUCGAGAUAUGUUCCGUAUGCUGGAAUUCGUACACAGUCUGUUGUCAUGGCAACUGAGUUUGCUCUUAGUGCUGGACUGCUGGGUGUUGAUGUCAUAUCAGACAUGCUAGUGAAGGACAUGUCACAGAUUCGGUACGUGAAGGAUGCGGGACUGGUGCUGUUUGUCUGGGGAGAGGGCUGUAAUGACAAGGAAUUCAUUAUACAACUCAAGGAGAACAAAGUUGAUGGAAUCAUCUAUGACAGAAUUGACUUCUACAAGACCGGCCCCAAGGAGAGUAUCUUUAAGCUGGAGGAGAAGCAGAAGCGACAUCUGCUGGAGACUCUAGGCUCCCUGACCAUUACUGAAGAAUCACUCGACUCUGGGACUGACUCUCCUUGAAGUGCCAAACAAGGGAGAUAAAUCAUUUAUAUUGUAAACAGAGUUCGAUUGACAUUGCAUUUACAAAAUGAAUACUCAGCCAGUCCUUGAACAGGUUUGUUGUCAAUGACCCGACGUUCUCACUGAAAUUGUCCAUAAUCUCUCUUUCUUUCUUAAAUAAGCAAAACAAAGUUGUUAUAACUAUAUACAAUAUAUUAUGUUGUGUUUGUGCAUUGUUAAGUCAUUGCUUAUUCCUGAACAAAUUAUAACCUUGCAAGCCACUGAGGCCACUGAAAACAAACCAUGUGUAAGGAUGACCAUGCAUUUAAAAGUAGAAGAUGAUACCAAAAGUCAAGAGUGUAGCUCCCAUGACUAUUGUAGCGAUUGAAAAUACCCGGUAGGUCUUAAAUCAUAAUCCAUCAAGGGAGAUAAUAGAUCAAACAAGACUUAAUUCCAUCAAGUUUCGGUUAUGUAAUUGAAAUCAACAGUUCAAAGAAAAGUUCAAACUUGCUUAAAAAUGCAUUUAAAUCAUCAUCAGAAUACUUAAAAAUAAAAGGUCAUGAAAGCAACUUAAUCAUUCCAUAUUUGGAAAUUAUUUUCAAUGAUAAGCAUUAAGUUUUUAGCUGAAAACAAGUUAAUUUUUACUAUUGUUCCACCAUCUUUCCUUAAAGCGAUACUAUAUUGCAACAUUAUGCAAUAGAUAAUUGGCAACCUCAGUCAUAAUGAAUCAAUUUUUCAUCAUAGUCUGUCAUCGUUUUUUCCCUAGAAUGUUGUUUCUCUAUACUGUUGGAAUAAUGAGCCAUCUGCCUAUCAAACUAACACAGAACAUUUACUCAUAAUAUGUAUGCAUAAUAAUUAUGUUAAAUGUACAUGUAUAAAUGGUAGUGUGAAAGAUUUAGUGUUGAUUUUUAAUUUUUUUAUACAAUAACUUAUUUCUUUUAGAUUUUAGUACAUGUGCAUUAAAUGUGCUGGCCCCUACUGCUAAGGGGAUUGGAAGAAUACUCACCUUGGAAAUUUGGUAUUCUUCAAUGGCUGUAGAAACAUUUUUCCAUAAAUUUUUCCAUUUUUAUAUAAACUUAAAAGAGCACAUUUUAUGAAAAUGUUUGGCAAGCAAAGGCCUGCUUUGCCCGUGUAGAGCUACGCUAGUGUGUCCAAGUACUGGUACGGCUAACAGAAACUAAUUAUGCAUAUUUGUCCUAAAAAUUAACAUCUUAUAAUGUUCAAUUGUCUAUGAAAAGUGGGAUUAUAUUUAUUCCCUUGAGCUCAGUGCUCGGAAAAUGUCUCAAUCUUCAGAGGUAAACAGGGUAGACAACUGUAAAAGAGAGUAAUGUCUCUUGUAUGUAUGUAUGUAUGUGCUCACCUAAUGUACACAAAAAUCUGGGCCAGAUUAUUAUUAUUAUUGUUCUGACAUAAGGUCUUGAAACUCUAUUUAUUAAAUUUGCUACAUCUAAAGCAAAAAUAUCAACAUUUGCUGUAAAUGAUGUAAAACAACGAUUGUAUUAUGAUCAGUACAUAUUUUAUUGGUUAGAUUUAUAUAUAUUUUUAUUUUUCAACCUGUUAAGUUCUAUAUUUUUGAGUCAGAGUCUUAAACUGUGUGAAUAAUAUGGGCCCUGUUGCCAUGAUUACGAACAGUCUAAAGUCUAGACUCAGACUCAGGAAAGCAUUUUUAUGAAGAAGCAAAAAAAUCAUAUUUAUUCCAUUUCUUUUUACAAAAAAAUAUGUAGAUAAUAGUAAACAUUCAAAUAGUGAUGUAUUUCAGCAAAUUUUACCAUCAAUGCUUUGAUAGAAGGAAAAUUACAAGUAAAUGCAGUUUUGCCAUAAUGAGUCCUAAUUCUGAACUCAGACUUGAAACUGUUUGUUAUCACUGCCCCAGGUUUUAGCCUUCAUUGCUCCCACUGUUGACAUGAUUUUAUACCUAGACUGGUUUAGAUAAUUUUACUCAUUAGUUAGUGUGUCUUAAUGAAAUUGUGUGUGUGAGGGUCAAGUGCUUAUUCAAUAUUUAUUCUUUUAAAAAUGUGUAUUUUUGGGUUUAAAGAAUUUCUAGGUUAUGUUGUGUUUAUACCAUAUGUUCAGAUGUAUAUAAAAUUAUGUGUGUUUACAUUUUUAACUAACAAAUAUUGAAGAAACAUCUGCUAGACAGACAUCAGUUUACUAUUUCAAGAUUUAUAUUAAAAGCAAUAAUUGGUUAUGCAUUCUAGAUAUCUUGCAAGCCUAGUAGUAAUAAACAGUAAUAAUGUAGUAAAGGAAGUAAUAAAGACUUUGAAAUGUGGGCUGGUAUGCUUUAUGUUUAUGUUAAUGAUACGCAUGGACAGAUAUUUGUGGUUACUAUAAUAUUAUGGCAUAUCAUAUGCAUUUGAGCUCAAAGCUGGAAGCCUGUAUUUGGAAAAAAAAUACAUAAAUUGUCUGUAAUCUCAGGAUAUUUUGGGAUAUCAAAACCUGUUUUUUUAUUAAAUGAAAAUGAACUUUUCCCCAGCCAAUAGCUAUUGAUCAAAUAGCGGGGAAUUUUACCAGAAGGCAGGUAUCAAGCAUGUUCAAAUAUACAUGGUUUACACUAAUUUUUAUUAUUAACCCAACAAUUAUUGUUUAUGCCUUAUUUUUACUGUUAAAGAUUAAGUUUACAUUAUUACAGGUAUUAAAUUGUGUUUUUUUACACAUGCUAACUUGUUAUUGUAGAAUGUGCAAUUUUAAUACGGUGCUCAAAUUAUUUGAAAGUUAAACAUAGAAAUGUACAUGUAAGUAUUCUUUGAAAAAGUAUGGUAUGAACAAUCAUAAUUUUAAGAUACAGGCUCCAGUUUCUCGAAACUUCUUAAGCUUAACAGGGUUAGUAGCUUAUUUCAAUUAGCCGAAAUACAUACUUAAUUGAAUCGAUAAAUGAAAAAAGAGUAAUUGUGAUUUUCAUCAAGAUAACUCCUAUCAAAAGUAUAAAAUAAAACUCUUGAAGAAGUUAAUAUUAUGAAAUUAUUGAAAAACAAAAAUAGUGAGAUUAGCUUAAUCCUGUUAUAAUUAGCUUAAUACUGUUAAAAGGGACUUAAGAAGUUUCGAGAAAUUGGGGCCAGGGGUUUAAAAUUCACGAAUAAUCCUGAAUUUAGGAUUGAGAGCAUCAGACUAUUGUACAGUUGAUUGUUUUAAAUAGUACCUUGAAAUGAAUAUAAAUGACAUUAUGGUAAACCAUUUUAAAAUGGGUCUCGGCCUCUUUACCAUGCUUUGUGCAUAAAUAUUUAAUACUUAAACAAUCCCACAGGUAUUUUUGAGGAUUAACAAUUAUCAGCUGUUAAAACCCCUGAAGGUAACAGAACCAAGUAUAUGUAUUAUAUAAACUGCACAUAGAACUAGUAUGAAUUAUUGUUUAUUAAUGUGCACAGGAUAUAUACAAUUCAUUCAUACAUUCCUGUUCAUUUUUCAACCUUUUUAGUCCUGAUUUACAAAUUGAAAGAAAAAUCUUGGACUAUGAAUAUUCUGCCGGAUGAAAUAGUUAUUAUCUUGUCUGUAUUAAUUGUUACGUGUGAUAUACCUGUAUCUUUUGUUUAGGUCAAAUUGAAAUAAUACUAAGGGGCCGAUUCCUCUGAACUAUUUAAGUCUGUUUUAACAUGAUUAAGCUAAGCUCACUAUUUUUGUUCCUUUCCCAUUGGUGAAAUAUUUACUAUUUUGGAAGUUUUUUUAUUGAUAACUGAAAUUAUCUGUCUGGUAAUCACAAAAUUUUCUUUAUCAAAAUUAUGUUUAUGUAAGAAAUUUUGCUUAACAAAAUAAGCUACUUAAGUCUGGUAGACUUAAGAAGAUUCUAGAAAUCACGGCAAGGUUGUUCCUGGGCUCCACUGGCACUGCGUUCAUGUUUUAAUUUGGUUUGCUCCAUUAUGUUUCAUUCUCAUAGAACUUAUAUUUUUCCCUUUUUAAAGCCAAAACAACACUUUGUGGAUUAUUUUAUUUUAAUAUAAUUAUGAGAUUGAUGUAUGCACGCUUUUUAAUUAUGUUUUUUAUUAUAUAAUGUUUGGCUUACCGACCACAAUGGAAAUUAGGGAUUUAUAAUUCCUUUUUGUGGUAUCCUUUGUGUACAAUUUAGUUGACAUGGACUAUUUUACUUAUGCUUGAUGUUUUAAUUAUGUUAAGUGUUUGCCCUACAUUGUCAGCCAAUCAGGGGCGCUAGAUUUUUAAAUGGUUCGUUUCUUAUUUUUGAAGAAUCAUUUCUUAUUUCUGAAGAGGACUCUUCAUGAAUAAGUAAAUUUCUAUAACUGCACAUGCGCAUAUAGCCAUGCCUACUGUUAACGGUUAUUUAAAUGACGUCACAAUAUCUUGCAUUGGUUGACAUGCAGGUCUUUUUGACAGGCGCAUGGCUUAAUCUUAAAACUGAUGCAAUUUGGGAGGGGCUAACACUGAGUCGGUUAGAAUUUAUUAAGGAAUUUCUUUGUGAAUAAGAAACAUGGUCGCUUCACUUCCUUAGGUUACUUAUUCAGGAAGAAAGUACUUAAUAAACUCUUAUCUAUACAUGAUGUUACCUUGUUUAUGUACAGAAAUAAAUCUAUCUAUCUACCUUUUAACAUUACAACAGUUCAUUAUUCUAAAUAUUCAUAAAUGAAAAUGAUGUGUUGCAAGAUAAAAAAUACAAUUGAAGUAGAAUUAAAUACUGCAAGCUCCUCAUUUUUUCAAUUUGCCCGCCAGAAAGCCUUGCAAGUGGUCUUUCCUUCUCCAGUUAUUAUCUGUUUGUUUAAUUGUCUGUUGUAAGGAGUACCUCAAGUUGUUUGCUGAGGUGUCGGUUUUGUUUAUAGUACUUCAGUUAUGCUCCAUUUGUUUGUUUCACAUAUUUAUAUAAAAUAUUAUUGUCCACACACCUUGUUGAAUGUUUGUGUUAUUGGUAAUAGAACCACAAAGAUCUAGAUUUAAUAUUCAAUUCUGAAAUCUUUCACAACUAUGUAAACAAAUUUCACAUUGAAGUGUCUUUGUUUUGGGUGAUGUUCACUCUUAUUAAAGUGCCCAAAUACUUUGCUAAUAUUAACAUAUCUUGUCAAACAAAACCUUUGUUCUCUUUGUUAAAAAGCUAAAGUGAAUGCAUAUUUUUUAUCAAGUUUGUACCACUUGUGUUUGCUAGUUGUGUAUUUAACCUACACUCUUAAUAAACACCAUUAUAUACA